GGUGACACUCUGGUUGCCAACUGGCUCCAGAUAAGAUAAGGGUGGAGAUCAGCACAAUAAAAAUAGGUCCCAGCCUCACGCUGGGCCCAGGUUGCAGUCGGUCGAGGUCACCUCAUCUCACAAGCAGCAUGGCUGUGCAUCUGUGGUUGGUCACCCUGACCUUGGCUUCCUUCCUUGCCACGGACAGGGAGCUGCAGGUGUCAGCGGGGAAACUUCUUUUCUCGCGCAUGCCCAUCUGUGAGCACAUGGCAGAGUCUCCACGCUGUCCCCAGACACCUCACCUCAUCUGUGGCACAGAUGGCCUCACGUAUAAAAACGAAUGCCAUCUUUGCGUGACCCGGAUGUAAGUUCCUUCCCCCUGCCCAGCUUGUUUGG